ACUUGAUGUAGCAACGGUUUGACUCAGUUGUUAGAAGAUAGUCCACUGGUUGUCUGUUUGUUUUUUUGUUGUUUUUUUUGCAAGCGAAAGGGAAGUUUGGACAUGAAAGUGCUACGCGAGUAGAAAAAGCACUAGAAUCCGUUCUCCCAGCGUGCGGCAUCAUGAAGCCGUUACUGCGCUUCAGCGUCCCUCUGUGGACUCUUCUGGUCUUCAGCGCCUUCCUCAAGAGCACCCACACACAAGCUACCUCAAAUUGUGCAACAGGAAUAUUAAAUAUAAUCACCACAACAACAAACGUCACCUUUCAACUUAAACCAAAUUGUAGCUUAACAGUUGAGAAUAAUACCUCUGGAAAUUGUUUAAUAACUGGUCUGAUUCCUGGAGCUGUCUAUCAAAUUGUCUUAAACUGUUCAGGCUCCUGCAGUGUGUCACAAAUCACAACAAAGACAGAAACGAUCAGUUUAACAGUCACUAAUAUCACAACAUCCUCUAUGUUUGUGAGCUGGACUAAACCAGUGGGAAUGAGCUCCUUCUAUAAAGUACAGUGGACAGGUGGAGGAACAAGUGGCUCUAUAAAUGGCUAUGAGACGUUGUAUAAUAUUGCUAACCUGACUGCUGGUGUCCAGUAUGAAAUAACUGUCACUGCAGUGGCUGGUGAUGGUUAUACUGAAGGACAGAGUGCUACUGUCACCAAGUACACAAAACCCGAAAAAGUGAAGACGCUUACUGUCAGUGAAAUCAGGACAUCCUCUAUAUUUCUGAAUUGGACUGACCCACAGGGUGAAAGGUCUUUAUAUAGAGUAGAGUGGACAGAUGGAACAAUAAAAAACAAUAAGACUGUCACUGAAACUAAAGUAAAUGUCACUGAGCUGACUCCUGGAGUGUGCUACACUUUCACUGUCACAGCAGUGGCUGGAGAUAACAGAACAGAAAGUGACGUAGCAACACUUUCUCUAUACACAAAGCCUGAAGUAGUCACGAGUCUCUCUGCUGCUAAUAUUACAACGUCAUCUAUCUUUGUGAGCUGGACUAAACCAGUGGGAAACAGCUCCUUCUAUAAAGUACAGUGGACAGGUGGAGGAAGGAACUUCUCUGUAAAUGUCUAUGAGACGUUGUAUAAUAUUGCUAACCUGACUGCUGGUGUCCAGUAUGAAAUAACUGUCACUGCAGUGGCUGGUGAUAAUUAUACUGAAGGACAGAGUGCUACUGUCACCAAGUACACAAAACCCGAAAAAGUGAAGACGCUUACUGUCAGUGAAAUCAGGACAUCCUCUAUAUUUCUGAAUUGGACUGACCCACAGGGUGAAAGGUCUUUAUAUAGAGUAGAGUGGACAGAUGGAACAAUAAAAAACAAUAAGACUGUCACUGAAACUAAAGUAAAUGUCACUGAGCUGACUCCUGGAGUGUGCUACACUUUCACUGUCACAGCAGUGGCUGGAGAUAACAGAACAGAAAGUGACAUAGCAACACUUUCUAAAUGCACAAAGCCUGAAGUAGUCACGAGUCUCUCUGCUGCUAAUAUUACAACAUCAUCUAUCUUUGUGAGCUGGACUAAACCAGUGGGAAACAGCUCCUUCUAUAAAGUACAGUGGACAGGUGGAGGAAGGAACUUCUCUGUAAAUGUCUAUGAGACGUUGUAUAAUAUUGCUAACCUGACUGCUGGUGUCCAGUAUGAAAUAACUGUCACUGCAGUGGCUGGUGAUAAUUAUACUGAAGGACAGAGUGCUACUGUCACCAAGUACACAAAACCCGAAAAAGUGAAGACGCUUACUGUCAGUGAAAUCAGGACAUCCUCUAUAUUUCUGAAUUGGACUGACCCACAGGGUGAAAGGUCUUUAUAUAGAGUAGAGUGGACAGAUGGAACAAUAAAAAACAAUAAGACUGUCACUGAAACUAAAGUAAAUGUCACUGAGCUGACUCCUGGAGUGUGCUACACUUUCACUGUCACAGCAGUGGCUGGAGAUAACAGAACAGAAAGUGACGUAGCAACACUUUCUAAAUGCACAAAGCCUGAAGUAGUCACGAGUCUCUCUGCUGCUAAUAUUACAACAUCAUCUAUCUUUGUGAGCUGGACUAAACCAGUGGGAAACAGCUCCUUCUAUAAAGUACAGUGGACAGGUGGAGGAAGGAACUUCUCUGUAAAUGUCUAUGAGACGUUGUAUAAUAUUGCUAACCUGACUGCUGGUGUCCAGUAUGAAAUAACUGUCACUGCAGUGGCUGGUGAUAAUUAUACUGAAGGACAGAGUGCUACUGUCACCAAGUACACAAAACCCGAAAAAGUGAAGACGCUCACUGUCAGUGAAAUCAGGACAUCCUCUAUAUUUCUGAAUUGGACUGACCCACAGGGUGAAAGGUCUUUAUAUAGAGUAGAGUGGACAGAUGGAACAAUAAAAAACAAUAAGACUGUCACUGAAACUAAAGUAAAUGUCACUGAGCUGACUCCUGGAGUGUGCUACACUUUCACUGUCACAGCAGUGGCUGGAGAUAACAGAACAGAAAGUGACGUAGCAACACUUUCUAAAUGCACAAAGCCUGAAGUAGUCACGAGUCUCUCUGCUGCUAAUAUUACAACAUCAUCUAUCUUUGUGAGCUGGACUAAACCAGUGGGAAACAGCUCCUUCUAUAAAGUACAGUGGACAGGUGGAGGAAGGAACUUCUCUGUAAAUGUCUAUGAGACGUUGUAUAAUAUUGCUAACCUGACUGCUGGUGUCCAGUAUGAAAUAACUGUCACUGCAGUGGCUGGUGAUGGUUAUACUCAAGGACAGAGUGCCACUGUCACCAAGUACACAAAACCCGAAAAAGUGAAGACGCUCACUGUCAGUGAAAUCAGGACAUCCUCUAUAUUUCUGAAUUGGACUGACCCACAGGGUGAAAGGUCUUUAUAUAGAGUAGAGUGGACAGAUGGAACAAUAAAAAACAAUAAGACUGUCACUGAAACUAAAGUAAAUGUCACUGAGCUGACUCCUGGAGUGUGCUACACUUUCACUGUCACAGCAGUGGCUGGAGAUAACAGAACAGAAAGUGACGUAGCAACACUUUCUAAAUGCACAAAGCCUGAAGUAGUCACGAGUCUCUCUGCUGCUAAUAUUACAACAUCAUCUAUCUUUGUGAGCUGGACUAAACCAGUGGGAAACAGCUCCUUCUAUAAAGUACAGUGGACAGGUGGAGGAAGGAACUUCUCUGUAAAUGUCUAUGAGACGUCGUAUAAUAUUGCUAACCUGACUGCUGGUGUCCAGUAUGAAAUAACUGUCACUGCAGUGGCUGGUGAUGGUUAUACUCAAGGACAGAGUGCCACUGUCACCAAGUACACAAAACCCGAAAAAGUGAAGACGCUUACUGUCAGUGAAAUCAGGACAUCCUCUAUAUUUCUGAAUUGGACUGACCCACAGGGUGAAAGGUCUUUAUAUAGAGUAGAGUGGACAGAUGGAACAAUAAAAAACAAUAAGACUGUCACUGAAACUAAAGUAAAUGUCACUGAGCUGACUCCUGGAGUGUGCUACACUUUCACUGUCACAGCAGUGGCUGGAGAUAACAGAACAGAAAGUGACAUAGCAACACUUUCUAAAUGCACAAAGCCUGAAGUAGUCACGAGUCUCUCUGCUGCUAAUAUUACAACAUCAUCUAUCUUUGUGAGCUGGACUAAACCAGUGGGAAACAGCUCCUUCUAUAAAGUACAGUGGACAGGUGGAGGAAGGAACUUCUCUGUAAAUGUCUAUGAGACGUUGUAUAAUAUUGCUAACCUGACUGCUGGUGUCCAGUAUGAAAUAACUGUCACUGCAGUGGCUGGUGAUGGUUAUACUGAAGGACAGAGUGCUACUGUCACCAAGUACACAAAGCCUGAAGUAGUCACGAGUCUCUCUGCUGCUAAUAUUACAACAUCAUCUAUCUUUGUGAGCUGGACUAAACCAGUGGGAAACAGCUCCUUCUAUAAAGUACAGUGGACAGGUGGAGGAAGGAACUUCUCUGUAAAUGUCUAUGAGACGUUGUAUAAUAUUGCUAACCUGACUGCUGGUGUCCAGUAUGAAAUAACUGUCACUGCAGUGGCUGGUGAUGGUUAUACUGAAGGACAGAGUGCUACUGUCACCAACUGUUGUGCAACCAGCGUACCACACAGGGAUGGCGUGCACCAGCACUCUCUCGAUAGUGGCACGGUAGAAGGACACGAGGAGGUCAGUCUGCAGCCUGCUCCAUCUCAAAACCCUCAAGAAACGGAGGCGCUGCUGGGCUUUCUUCACUAG